AUGACACUAUCAGCGGGCAUGCCUAUCACAGCCGCAGAGUACAACACCUUCUACUUCAUCGCCAAACUUAUCCGCCAAGUGUUCCCAGGGCACAGAUUGUACGUCGCCCGUGAAAAGAACCUAGCCGGCAAGGUCCUCAGCUACCACGCCGGGGUAGCCAAGUAUGAAGGCAAGGUGAUGAAGGAAAUCAUCAUGGCUAGCGGCAAUGCGAGGAAACGCCUCGGUGCACUAGACACGCUUUUAGGAGAUCUUGAGGAUUACGUGCACGACAACUUUGAGCAGAUCGAGGCGGAACAGCGGGCUAGGGAUGCUGAACUUGAUGCUGAACUUGAUGCUAUGGAACCAUCUAGUGAAGAGGAAGAUGAGGGGGGGAAGAGAAAGGGGAAAGUGACGGGUGGAAGAGGUGUUGAUAAGAAGCCCCGGUUGGACACUGACCAGUCUGUAGAGAAGGGUGAGGCGGACGGUUCUGACAAAAGCAAGCACUUGGAACAAGACAAGGAUGUUCCAAAGUCAGGCGAGGACUCUUCACCAGUUCGAGUGAAGGCAAGAGCGAAGCGAGAGGAUAGAGAGUUGAAGGAAGGUACAGGGGGCGGUCGGGGUGAUGCGCAGACUUCCUAG